CCAAACCCGUGCGCACCUCUCCUUGCGAGCGCCCAUUGCACCUCCCCACCAUUUUUUAAAUACAUGAAUUUGGCUGGGGCUGGACCCCUCCCACUUUGUGUAUGCUCUUAAUUGUCAGUUUUGACGAAAGCUUGGGUAUUUAAAUAGCGUCAACGUCUCUUGUAUGAUUGGAAUUGGUGAAGUUGUUACAGAGCGCAUCUUACCGGACGUUUUUCACCCGCUCUACCGCGGAUCGAUAAGCAUGCAGGUGUCUCUCGCGCUCCUCGUCUCCAGCACGGGGCUGCUGCUGCUACAGGGAUGUUGUACGGUCGUGCAAGGAUGGAGGGUACUAAAAAACGAUGCUACAGAAAUAAUACCAGAAUAUACUGAGAACGCACAGCCUCCCGAGCAACCAAUACUACAGGCUUCUAAUAAUAACAGUAAUACAAUGAAUCGACCAAAACACGGGGGAAGAAGAUCAUCAGCAAACAGAGCCUCUUAUAGUGCCUCGGAGCUGAGCUGCAGGGAGCUGCGCUCCACCCGUUACAUCACUGACGGCUCCUGCCGCAGUGCCAAGCCCGUCAAGGAGCUGGUGUGCUCGGGUCAAUGCAUGCCUGCCCACCUCCUACCCAACUCCAUCGCGCGCGGCAAAUGGUGGCGGAGCAGCGCCUCUGACUACCGCUGCAUCCCGGCCCACUCCCGAACACAGCGGGUGCAGCUGCAGUGCCCCAACGGCAACUACCGGGCUUACAAAAUCCGCGUGGUCACCUCCUGCAAGUGCAAACGCUACAGCCGCCACCACAACCAGUCAGAGGCCAAGGAGAGCUCCUCAGAGGCCAAGCCCAGACGCGACAAGAAACGCACCCGGCUGCCUGGGAGUCGGAACAAAAGCAACACACCGACACUGGUCAGCAAUUCAUACUGAGGAUGCUCUUCCUUCCUUCGUACACGGACAGAGACCAAAGCACACACGCACAUGUUACACACACCCAACACGGCUCCUUCACUGAAAGAGGGAGAAGAAGAGCCUUUUCAACAAAUAAAAGGAUUUGUAAAGCUGUUUGUUGGACUGAUUUGACACAAGUCUUUCUCACCAGAGAGGCACUAUAGAUUUUGCAGCCUAUUUUACAAAAUAUUUCAGAACCUUUGAUUUGCAUGACCAAAUGAGUCGACAGAAUGCCAGGGAAGGCCAUGUGACUGGUCAGGAAAGGUGGAACACUGCUAGGAUGGGAGUGUACAGUAUUAUACAUGUUCCGGUUCAUAGCUAACGGCCUCUGACUCAGACACUAAGAGUAUCCACCUUCGCCACAGAAAGAGGUGAACCUAAACUCAAACCCCACCUGUCAAAACAGCCACCGGGCAGGCUACUUUGCCUGAUAGGCCUAUAGGGUUGAAAAGUGUGUCUGUGCUCUGACUGUGCUCUAGCGCCUCUAUGGCUGGGUGUUCUGUACUGAGGAGCCUGUGGCAGCCCUGGGGCGUCCUGGCUAUGAAGGUGGGCUGCUGACAGGCCCUGGCCUCGACCCCAGACCACGCAGCCUCCUGACAGCCUGGGGAGCACCGCACUCACCAGGAGCCCCCCCAGGGUCCUCCUCACUCUAUAGCAGCCGUAUAGGAGCUGUCAGUUAAGGCCCCUGGCCCAGUGGCCCUAGUGGCCCGUGAUGGUGAAAGAGAUAGGGGGAGAGAGAGGGGUGGGGAAUGGUUGUGUCAGCACUCCAAGACCAGGGUGCCUGCGGUCAAACAGGUGACUGAGCAUUCCAGUGACCCGUCUUAAUGACUAAAUGAGCCCAUUCCUGUGUUUAAGAUUUGAGUCAUGAAAAGCCAUUUCCUCUAACAUGGCUAGUUCCUGUUUGCUGAAACCACACAGACACAGAGGAGGCUCCAGCAAUUGUGCCUGUUGUUACCUUGAGGCACAGCAUUCUAUACUCAUCUACACCCUGAAUGGAGACUAUUUGUUAGAAGCAAAUCGCAUUGGUAACCAACUAGCCGUAUCCCUAUUCUAUUCAUUGAGAACCUAGAUGGUGAGGGAGAGAAAAAAACACCACUUCUCUGACUAUCAGCCCUACACUGUAAAUAGCAAUUAGUUCUGCUAACAAUUGAAUAAAAAUUGAAGUUAUUUUAGCAUGAAUAUUUGUUGUAAGGAACCUAAACAUUUUGGGUCCCUUCUACUUACAUUUUCAAGGUCACGUAGUAAGUAGUUCUGAUUAGUAAUUUUCAGCGGUCGUGUCUAACAUUGUUUUAUGUAUUUGACAAUUUGUCAUUUUAACCCACCUUAGCAGGCAUUGUUGAGCACAGUGCUCAUUCCUCUAGCAGUAACUGGAGGUAGAGUUUUAAGCAUGACAGGAUUCUGCAUUUGCCUCUGUCAAUCAGAGUGACUGUUGAUAGUGGCAAUUUCUUGUCUCAUUAUUGAAAGUAUAUUUUCCUGAUGGUUUUGAUAUCGUUUUCCAUAAUCUGUUACACUUCACAGCACAGAAAACGGCUUAAUACUAUUUUAGAAAUAUAAUUUUCUUUCUUCAAACAUGCAUACAACAUUGUGUAAAAGUACUGUAUCAUAAAGUACUUUUUAUUUUAUUACCGACAAUCCUAUACAAACAGAGCCAUGUGGCAUUAUUAGGUAUUCAUAACUUGCGAAAAUACGUAACAAAUCUAUAUCAGCAGAAACACAGAUAAAUCAAGUGUUUUUUUCCUCUAAUGUCCAUGUCUACUACUUUAUUAUUUUAAGUAAAAGAUGUAAAACAUAAUUUUCAUUUUACCUUUAUUUAACCAGGCAAGUCAGUUAAGAACAAAUUCUUAUUUUCAGACAGACAGACAGACAGACAGACAGACAGACAGACAGACAGACAGACAGACAGACAGACAGACAGACAGACAGACAGGAAAAAGUUCUGGAUCCCCAAUUUGCCCAUGCUGACAAACCCAUUCCCCUUUCUCAUCCCUACUACAGUCUGACCUGUAUUUAAUUAAGAGUACUAUGAACCUUUCAGCUUAUGGUCCACAUUCCGUUGUGCCAUUCUCUCAUAAUACUUCCUUGUUUUGGUGUUCUAAACUGUACUGACAAUGUUUGCUUCUUGUUCAAUUGUGUGUUUGAAAUAGCAACUGGAAGGGAUUUUGUCAUGUAAGCAGAGUUGUCCGUGUAUAGCCUGAUUGUACUUUAGAGACUCACAGAAGGACUGCUACAAAGAAUAAACUGCAUAUUUAUAUUUUAUUUCUACAUUUAAAUUAUUUAUUCAACUUGUAGUAAAUGAUGAAGCCAUUAUUGUCACAUAAAAUAAUAAUGACUUUCAGAUAAUAAUGAAAUACUGUACAGUACAAAAAUAAAGUAGAGGCAGGUAUAUUUGAAA